AUGGCUGACCAUAGACCGGCUCCGAGAAGUGGCCGAGACAUUCGCCUCUCGACCGCGACCAUGAGAGCACUCAACUCUCAACGCCUACGGCCAAGAACGAGCAUCAUCCGUAGUUUAGCACGGAGCUACUAUUUUCUUUUCUUCAUCCUAAUCUUUUUCCUCCUUCACGGUGUUUCCUCGCGGAGUGUAUCCUACGAUGAUAUUGACAAGCACGAGAAGAUUACUUUGGAACCGUCAGCGCAGAAGAUCGAUCAGGUAAGACUAAACGAAACGAGUCGAGAGAAACUUUCAGGAUCGAUCGAUUGGCACGAACAGGAGAAGAAAUUGAUCGAGGAUGAAGUCAAAAAAACUGAAAGGAACAUCGAGAGGGAUGAGACUUCUAUCGCGAAAAAGAGACGACGGAACGAUUUAACGUUGCCUGUUAAGAGUGUAGUCCAAGAAACAGAAGCGAGUUUUAUCGAUAAUGCCGAAGGUGAUGUCACGAAGAACGAAGGCAUUCGUAGAUUUGAUGCUGAAGUAGAAUCGGUGGACGAGAUCGAGCUACCGAACGAUGAAUCUUCAAAGGUCAAUGCAGAUCGGAAUAGCGGACUGGCCAAGGGUGAACGCUCGCAGAAAAAGGCUAUCAAGGUUGACGAUGUCAAGAACAACGGCGAUAUUAUUCUAGAUGUUCCGGUAGAAGUAGAAACGUCAAAUCAAAGCGACGAGGUUGCCAAGGUAGAGGCUGACAAUACUUUAGCGAUAAAGGAAGACGUACGUAACAAUCUUCGAAGUUUGAUCACCAACGAGGAAAAUGUUUCGAAAAUCGAUGGAGAUAAAGAAUCGAAUCCAAGAACAAUAACCGAUUCGAUUGAAUCGAAAAGAGAACAGAGAUAUUUGGAGGAAGCUCGAGGUAAGUUCAAGCACAAAAGCUCAACCGUUUAUUUGAGUGCCGAGGAAGGUUCUGAAACUCCCGAUAGCGAAGAGAAAUCGAUCGUUGAUAGCCAAAUUAAAAAAUUGAUAUCCAUUCGCGACGAUGCAUUAGGCUUGGUAAACGAUAACGUAAAAAAUAAGAAAAACGUUGACGAAGUUAAGAUUCUUAAUCAAGUAAAAUUGCUUGGAAUCGACGAUGUGAUCGUAACCGAGGAGAACAUUGACGAAGUUAGAAAUCAACGCAGUAACUUAUCUGAUGUCAAAUAUCAAAAUGACAUCCGGGCCUCUUCUUCCUCCUUAAAUAAUAUCGAUAAUCGUCUUCAAAGAUUGAAGAAUCAGGCGGUAUUGCUUCAAGAACAAAUAAAAAAUAAUACCUUCGUUCAAUAUUUAAAAGAACAUGCGAUCGACGUACUUCCAGAAAUUCCGAAAUUUAAUGAAAAUCAAUUGUUGGAAACGCUGAGGAAUAUCGUCUCCUCGAAAAAAUCGACGAACUUGAACGAAUCCUAUUCCAGUCAAUUGAACGUGACAGAUUUGACCGAGAAUCAGAUUAAUAUAAUCAAAUGCGCAGAACAAUUGGUCGAAGUAAAGCAAAGACAAUCUUUCGUUAGCAACAUGUACGAGUGUAUUAGGGGACUCAGCGUAUGGAAUUGCAUGAGGAUCUUUGUAUGGCCGAUCAUAGUCGAUAACAUUCCAGAAUCGGUCAAUCAAGCAUUUGCUGCUAAUAUACCUAUAGAAAUAAAUUUGAUCGAUCUGUUUCAAGGUAAUCGAGGAAAGGUCGAUAGAUCUUCUUCCAACGUCCAUCAAAAAAGAUUAUUAACACCGGAAUCCGUAGUAUUGUCGAUGUUAAAACAAGCGUUAGAAUCGCGUCUCGAGAUAGACAAACCACCAUACUUGAUCGAUUCGAAGAAUAAAACUUUUCAGAAGUUACUCACACCUGGACAAUUAGAGAUCCUUCAAUUAGGUGAAAAACUCUUACCUCUAGAAUUACGUCGCGAGUAUACUGACAAAAUGUUCUCCUGCGUGCGAAGAUUCGAAUAUCUCAGCUGUUUAAGAUACUUCGCUUGGCCCAUGAUGAAACAAUAUUUCCCAACUCUACCAGCUUUUCCAGAUUAUCAAACUUGGUAUCCAAGUAUUACCAUAAUUCCUGAAUAUCCGAUCGUUCCGUUUCCUGGUUUCUCCGACGAGGUCGGAGAACUUCCUGAGGUCGUCGAUUCCGAUGCCACCAGAAUGAGGAAGCCUACACCGGAAACAGUGAUCAUACACGUUUUGCGGAAUACUCUAAAGGAUUAUCAAAGAGUAGAAUCAACACCGUCUCUCUUUGAGGAACCAACGAACUUCUACACGACCGUAAUUCCUCCGGAUCAAUUAAUAACCUUACAAAUGGCCGAACAAUUUAUUCCGCUCUCUCAUCGACCAGAAUUCGUUCAAAAAACUGUUCGAUGUAUACAAGAAUAUAAUUAUUUAACUUGUAUGAAAUAUUCGACUUGGCCCACCGUUAAACAAUUCAUUCCAAAUCUUCCUGAUUUCUCUUCUUUCUUCCCAGACAUACAGAUUCCCAGUUUGUCUGAUUUUUUCGCAUCUUUUCCAAGUAUUUCACCAACUUUUUCGGGUCUUUUUGGAUUUAUACCAAGUGUACCAAGUGUACCAAGUGUACCAAGUGUACCAAGUGUACCAAGUAUACCAAGUAUACCAAGUAUACCAGGUAUACCAAGUAUACCUACACAAACGAUACCUAUGUCAUCACAAAUUCCACAAACGAUACCAACUCAAGUGUCUACUUCUAACAUAUUGUAUAGAAAAACUGAUGAUCUUCGUUUGAAUUUGGAAUCUAAAAUCAUCGAAACGCUGGAACAAGUUCGAAACUCUUUAAGAAACGUAAACGAGAUUCCUUCGCAAACCGUUUCUGGAAACGUGAUAAUUUUAACGACUCUGACGGAAAAACAAUUCGAAAUUUUAAAAUUGGCUGAAAAUAUUCUUCCGCCGACAGCUCGUGCCACAUUUCUCGCAAAAGUUUUGACGUGUCUUCAAGAUAGAAAUGAUUUUAUAAAUUGUACGCAAUACAUAAUUUGGCCAUCGAUAGCGUAUUAUUCACCAAAUUUGCCAGAAUUUUCGCAAAUAGAAACGCAAAUCUCGCCAGAUGAGUCCUCGUUUUUAAACAGUCUAACGGAGAACAAACAAAUUUUGCAGAACUCGACGAAAUAUAUUCAAGAAGAUAUUUUAGGAAAGUCUACCGGAAAGAUAAUGUCUAGAACGUCUGCUCAAACUGAACCUGUUUUGAAGACAACUUCUCAACAAAGUAAUGUUCCUGUAAUUAGUAUAACUGGUACAAGAUUCGUGCCAAUAUAUACGGAACAUCCUGAGUCCGUCAUACUCAACAUCUUAAAAAAGAUUCAACAAUCGUCUCCGAACGUUGUUAACGCAUCAUCGAACGAAACUCUGAAAACGCAACUUUUUUACGAUUUAUUAAACGUUCAACAACAAUUAAUCGUUAGAAUUACAGAGAAUUUGAUUCCUGAAUCAACCAGAUCUGAGUUCGUAGAUCACAUGAUCAAAUGCGUUAGCGAACAUAAUUUUAUACUUUGCUCAAGAGACAUUCUCUGGCCUACGUUGAUUGAUUACUUCCCAGGAGUUCCAAGUUUCCCAAAUUUUGGUAUAUUUUCGAACGUGCCGAAUAAUGGAAAUUCUAUUUCUCCAGUUUCGUCUCACAAUCUAACGGAGAAUAGUUCGAGUGCGGAGGCUUCUCAUCUUUCAGAGACAAAUGUUAAAACCGGACAACAUGGAGACGCAACAGUGACAAUAACAGAUACAAGAUUUGUUCCGAUCUUCACCGAACAUCCCGAAGCUAUAAUUUUGAAUAUCUUGGAAACAGUAAAGAUCUCUACUCCUAAUUUACCACGCAUCGAUUCUCCCACGAGAAAGGAAGAUUUAUUACAUUAUUUCACGGACAGACAAUAUCAAAUAAUUCAAACAGCAGAGUGUCUUUUGCCCGAAUCCGAACGUGUUGCUUUCAUUGAGAAAAUAACCACUUGCAUUCGAAGAAAUACGUUCUUAGAAUGCACCAAAGAUAUCACAUGGCCAACGGUUCAUCAGUUUUUCCCCAGAUUACCAAAUUUCCCUGAAUUUGGGUUUUCGCAAAAUAUAGCUAGAACGAAGUUACCUUCGUCAUUAAAUAUAAGUAUUUCAGAUCUCGAAUCGGAAGAGAAUAGGGCAGAUCUUGUUAACGAGCAAACUUCACUGGAACACUUUCAGAAGAAAAUAGAAAUCAUUUUGGAAGAAGCAUUAAAUAAAGAUUCGAGACCACGACUUGAACAUUCCUACUUGGACACCAAUAAUCCAAUAAUACAAACUGUAUUAACGAAACAACAAAGCAACAUUAUCAGACUUAUGGAACGAGCAUUACCAGAUCCUGUAAGACCAACAUACGUUAUGAAAAUGUUAGAGUGUAUGCGUACUAAUAAUUUUAUAGCCUGCAGUCAACACGUUAGCUGGCCUACCUUGCAAGCCUAUCUCCCAUCUUUACCAAAUUUUCCUCAAUUUGGCGACUACUUUUCUCAACUGCCUGGCAUCAGUCAAGUACCAGGCAUAUCAGGAAUUCCUCAACUACCCGGUACCUUACCAUUGGCUGAAAUACCUAACUUACCUCAACUUCCACCCAAUAUCCCUUCUCUUCCAGGUGGUAUUCCACAGCUACCAGUCAUCGGACAUAACACUCGACUCAGAAAAAACAAGGCAGUCAUUGGUAUCAUCGUCGACACCGUCAAUGAUCAAAGCAUAAUUCCUGGAUAUCCCGGUCAACCAUCUGAAACCCUCUUAGAUAUCUCUUCGGAAAAAGUCGAUUUGUCUGAUAAGGAACAAGUGGAAUCCGAGUUGCCGAUUAAAGAAGUUAGAAAACGAAGGAGCGUUGUGGAUCUUUUCAAAUCUUAUCCACAAACGGUAGAAAUCGAAAGGAAACAUUUGGACGAAUCCGAAUCAACAUUUCCAAACAUCGACGAGUCCGAAUUUUUGCAAUUACUGAUCCAAAUCUCGAGAUUAAAGAAUCUGACAGACGAUCGAUAUUCGAGCAGUGAAAAAAAAUAUUUCGUAGACACUUUGAAUACUACUAUAAGGGAUUCCUUGACCGCCGAUCAAUACGAAAUUCUUAAGAAAGUAGAAGACUUGAACGCAGCUACGUCGAAACGAAGUUUCCUGUCGAAAGUCGUUCAAUGUAUUACCGGUUUGAGUUUCAUCAGGUGUAUGGGUAUAUUCGUGUGGCCAAUUAUAUCUAACAAUUUACCAUCUCUACCGUCUUUACCAAGUUUCAAUCCACUCGGAAGGUCGAUAGAGACAGAGGUUGAACAAUUCUUUGGAAUGUCCUCGUUCGAAUUCGAGAAAGAAUUAUUAGCCAGGAAGGAAUCGAUCGAGAACUUUUUGUUAGAAUCUUAUAAAAAAUUAGCUCAAGAUAAGUUCCAAACCAAUUGGGGUUUCCUAAAAAUCAGGGGCUACGGUAACGGCGAAGUUGGUAUAAGUUUCGCAGGUUUUCGCGAAGGUCGGGGUACAAAAAUAAAGGACAAUAAGAAUUUACCUAGCAUUCUUACGAUCAUCAGUGAUAUCAUGGAAGAAGUUUUAGAUCAGAGACCAGACUCGGAUAAGAAUAAGAAGGAUAAAGAUAAAAGGGACAGGAGUUUAAAUGAUAAUUUCCAGGACAUAGAUUAUCAGUUUUUAAAGUAUAACGAUGAGGAUGAUAAGGAAACGAAAGAUCGAUCGAUAAACGAUGAUGAGAUCAUUAGCAUGUUCCUCGAUAAAAUAAAAUCGAAUAUUUCGGACAGUACAGAAGGUGGUUCGAAAAAUUAUCUUAGUUUGGAAGAUGCUUACGGUGCUUUCGAAGUUCUCUUUGGUACUCGUUUGAAUCGUAAGUUCAUGAACAAACUCGAAUCCUUUAAAAUGAACGAUCUAAGAUCGUUGAAGAAAAAAACUACUGAUGAAUUUGACAAAACCAUAGACAUCGUACCACUCGACUCGGAAACGAAUAAUUCGGAAUAUUUGAGGGUUAUUCCGUUGGACGCUAGAUUAAAUUACGAUUUGGAAAAAGAAUCGGACGAUCAAACUUCGAGGAAUAGACAAGAUCGCACGAAGAACACGUUGAGAUCGUUCGUGAAUGAAUAUUCGGAUUCUUACUUACAGGAGACAAAAGUAGAGAGAUCUGAAAGUAAUCGAUUGAACGAAUCUGAUAUCGAGAAUAGUAUAAAACAGGACGAUAAAGUUUUGGAGAAAGAUAUCCGUACGAAACUGACGCUCCAGUUGCCCCAUCUCAACGAGGAUAUUGUCCCUAAAAAGAUCACCAAUAAGAUCAUGGAAUUGGGUCGAAGCAUGAAAAUGAAAAUGAUGCAGAUGUUGCCUGGAAUAGGUUUUGUCGUUUCUUUUUUGAUACAAACGGCGCUUGCUCACGCACGUGCAGCUGCCACUAUGGCCGGGAUGCUCAGCAAUAUGGCUCUAGGUUCGGCCAUGUUUGCAAUGAUUCGUCAAGCAUUCUUUGGACCGAGCACUCAUCCUAAAAUAAAAUACGUCUAUGACAACGAUAAGACAGAACCGGGUGUAAUUUGGCCACCUAAAGGAUAUUACGCGCCUUAUUACGGCUAAAAAUAAUAAGUAAUUGUCUGCGUUGUUUUAGAUGUAAUUACGUACGGUUACAUUACCGUCCCUUUUCGUUGGGUUAGCUUUAAUAACGUUUAAUUUUAACGCAUAUCGUUUAAUUACGUUCUAUCGACGCUCGAAAAGCAUCAAUCGCUUUUAACGGACUUCGUUAUUACGUAGGUAUUUUUCAAUACUCAUCGUCGUUUCGCAAAAAAAAUUCUCGUUU